AUGGCGGUGGGACCGGCCGGCGCCUCCACACUCCUGCUCUCCUCACAGCUGGGCGACAUUACCAAGUCCACUCACCUCCACGAAGAGCAACAUGUCUUCCUCCGCUCGGCCCAAUCGUUCUCGCUGCCGCGACUCCAACGGGCUUACAGAAAACAAUUGCUUCCGGGAGAAGAGACACCCCCUCGGCGCGCUCAACUUUUGCGCUACCUUUUCCAGCAGCAGGAUGGGAUGUACUAUCAUCAGGCCUGGGGGGAGGAGGGAAGCGAUCAGAGGAAGACGCCAUUCUUUAUCAAAAUGCAAAGUGGGAUAGGCACUGAAUCUGAAUCAGACAAAGAAGUAGUGGAUUCCACCAUCACGUCCAUAAAAGCCCUGUAUAAAUCAGAGGUCCCUAAGCUGGAGAUCCCACUGGCAGUGCAGAAUGUCAUCUCUAGAAUUGAGCACGCACAGCUUUGUCGAGCCAGAGAGGACAUUAAUAUGCAGCUGACUGACAUACUGUUCAAUGUGCAGCGAAUAAUCAAUUGCUACACUGUUGAUGAGAAUGUGCACUCCGGAAGGAAAAUCUCCCUUCCAGAACAUAAGAAAUGGAGAAUAAAUUUCCUGGAUAAAAUAGUUACUUAUGCUAAGAACAGUGAAAUUAGAGAAAAGACUCUUUUGCACAUCCUGGUCUGGUUGGAAGAAUGGAAUGCCAUUUUGUCUGAGAUGACUGCAAUUGAUAUUGAGGAACACCAUCACUGGAUAGCAAAAAUGGAGUUUUUACCAGAAAUGUACAAAGCUAUUGAGAGCAAUGUCAAGAUACUGAGUAGAAUUAGUGUAUCUUUAUUUGAAGAAAAGAAGAGACAAAAGAAAAAAAUGACAUCUAGAGGUACUCUAUGGAAAUCUUGGAAAGAAAGGGUUAUAAAGCGACCUGCAACAGCUCAUGCUUUAAGACCAGAUCAGAUGAUUAGUGAUGAAUUUGCAACAAAUACAAAGGUUUCAGAAAUCCAAGAUAUGCUACAGGAACUCAUAAACACUGCAAUGUUCAAUAAAUUGGAAAACAAUGCUAUUAAAUAUAUAUCAUCAACAAUAGUAAACCUUUCUAAAGCUUUGAAUACACUAAAUGAUGAAGUAAAAGUUUUUACCCUCCAAAGUGCUAAUAUGUAUAUAAAUGAGACAAGUGAAAAAGAAAAAGAGCUCUCUCUGAAAAUAAUACGAGAUCUCAGUGAACAAAAUGAAAUACUUCAGCAGAAACUUCAAGAUGCAGAAGAAAAAUAUGAACAAUUUAUUUGGUCCAAAGGUAUUGUAGAGCAACAACUACCUACAGCAUUACCCACAUCAACCUUGAAAGCGUUGCCUGAGCUUUCUCCACAAUCAUCCAUUGCCAUUAGCAAAACUGACAUAGAAGACAGUAUGGAAAAUAUUUUGGCUAAAGAAUUUGAAAACAUUAUAGACGAGGCCCAAACACAAGAGACCAAAGCCUUGGGGAUCCAGUGGGACUCAGCAUUUUCAUAUACAGCCCCAGCUGAAAUGACCCCAGAUUUAAUUGAACGACAAUACCCUUUAUCUGAAAAAAACCAAAAAGAGUCUUCUGAAGGUAUCACUGAAGAUAAGGUGUCACUGAAGAAAGAUGAUGACCAGUAUCAAUCACAGAAGAAAAAGCAAAUUAAAGGCUCAUCUAUGGAUGAGACCUCUGGAUCACAUCUUAGUGAUGAUAAAGGUAAACAGAAAGAGACCAAACUUGAUCAUGACUUGGAGCUACAGGCACUGGAAAAUAAUAGAAAAGAAAGGAAACCCUUUUCUGAAGCCAAACCAAAGUCAUUCGCAGAAUCAAAAAGUCGCUAUGUCCCUACUGACUACCCUUCUACUGACACAAAAAGACAAAGUGGCAAAAGUGGAACAGGUAGUAUGUGGGAAAGACUCAGGAAGGUCAAACCUGAGUAUUCACAUGACAAAAGCCAGAUUUCUUCAGAGAGUAAAGAAGAACCCACCACUGAGUCAAUGGACAAAGAGAGCAAAAGUGAGAUGAGUAGCCAAGCAGAGCAAUUCAAAUUGACUGAACUUGGUUAUUCCUCUGAGAAAAUGAAAACAAAAGGGAAGAAACGUCAGAUCUCUCCAAGAACCACCACAAGCAAAGAGGGAAAAACUGAGGAUAUCAUAGUCUUAGCCAAGAAAUUCAAGUCUCCUGAACUUGUUAAAUCACAAUCUAGGAUAGCAAAGGAGACUUCAGAAUCUACCAGAGUUCUAGAAAGCCCAGAUGGCAAAAGUGAAGAGAGUAAGCUAGAAGAAUUUCAAAAAGCUAUAAUGGCUUUCCUAAAUGAGAAAAUUGAUAACAUAGGAAAGCCUUUGGAUAAAAAGGCUGUGCCAAAAGAGGAGUUAUUAUUAAAAACAGCAGAGGUUGAAAAAUUAGAAAUCAUAAAGGCAAAAAUGGAGGAAUACUUCCAAACUGUGGCUGAAACUGUGGCAAAAAUCUUGAGAGAAUACAAAGACAUAAAAAAUGCAGGACAAGUUGGAGAGAAACCUAUGAAACGAAAAAAGGAAGUCUCAUUUAUGCCAGGAUUGCAUUUUCAGAAGCCAAUUAGUGCAAAGGCUGAAAUUAGCACCUUACUCUCAUCUAAGAGCAUGGACCCAUUAAUUGACAAUUUAAUACAAAUGAUCUUGACUGAAAUAGAAGGUGAAAGAGAUGCUCCAGUAGCCUCAACAGUAGGGAGAGACCACAAGGAAAAGGAAAAACAGAGGUGGGAUGAAUAUUUGCAAGAAGGUCAAGAAAAAGUAUUUGGUGAGGGUCUCAAACACCAUUUGCAAGAGGAAGGGAGUUUCUGGAAGAAGAGCCAUGAGCUGAUAAGUAAAAAAUUGGAGAAGGAAGAGUCAUGGCUCCAAAUGAAGGAGAGAAAGCAGAGGCAACAGAAGCAGAAAUGGUGGCAGGAAGAGGAAGCAUGGAAGGAACAACAAAAACAGACUGAACAAGAUGUCGAGCAAAUGCAAAGAAAAGAGAAAGGAUAUCAGAAGCCAAAACAGCAGCAGCUGGAGGCAUGGAAUCAAGAAAUGGAAGAACAAUUGGUACCCCUGGAGGAGGAGGAGGAGGAGCAGAUGAGGCCAGUUCAGAAGGGACUGAGACACCCGAAGCUAGAAAUAAAUAGGGAGAAAGAAGAGAAGCAGAAGCCAAGGAGAAACAUAGAAGACCAUGGAAGGCAGAAGCAGAAAAAGACAAAGGAUCAGAGGAAGAUCAAUGAGAAAAGUUCUGACACACUAGAAAAGAUGUUCAGACAAACUUCAGUGACGGUGUCUCCCAAAUGGAAGAGCAUACCGAAAGUAGCAUCCCAGUUACACCAAAGAAAAGUGUUCCAUGGACAUCUGAAGACAUUAGAAAAUUUUGCUGAUGGAAAGCACCCUAUACCAAUCACUCCUUCUCCAUCGACACAAUCGCCAUCACCUGGGGCCUUUCCAAUUUCUGGACAGUCUCCCACAAAGACCUUCACUCUAACUCCUCAACAGGCCCAGGAACUGGAGAUCACUAUCACCCCUCAAAAGACCAAAGAACUAGGCAUCACUGUGGCCCCAGAACAGGCCCAGGCACUGGGGAUCAGUCUUACCCCUGAGCAGGCCCAGGAAAUGAGCAUCACUGACACUCUUCAAAAGGCAUUGGGGAUCACUGUCACUCCUCACCAGGCUCAGGCACUUGGGAUCCCUCUCACUCCUGAGCAGGCCCAGGCACAGGGGAUCACUCUCACCCGUCAGCAGGCACAGGCCUUGGGAAUCACUCUCACCCCUGAGCAGGCCCAGGCACUCAGGACCACUGUCACUCCUCAGCAAGCCAAGGCACAAGGGAUCACUCUCACCCCUCAGCAGGAACAGGCACUGGGGAUCACUUUCAUACCUGAGCAGACCCAUGAACUGGGGUUCACCUUCACUGAUAAGCAGGCACAGGCACAUGGGAUCACUCUCACCCCCAAGCAGGCCCAGGAAUUGGGGAUCACCCUCACUUAUGAGCAGGCCCAGGCACUGGGGACCACUGUUAUUCCUCAGCAAUCUCAGUCACAGGGGAUCACGCUCACCCCCGAGCAGGCCCAGACACAGGGGAUCACUCUUACCCCUGAGCAGGCACAGGCAGGGGGGAUCACUCUAACAUCUCAGCAGGCCCAAGCACUGGGAAUCACUCUGAGCCCUGAACAGGCCCAGACCCAGGGGAUCACUCUCACCCUUGAGCAGGCCCAGGCACUGGGGAUCACUCUGACCCCUCAGCAGGCACAGGCAGGGGGGAUCACUCUCACCCCUCAGCAGGCCCAGGCCCAGGCAAUCACUCUGACCCCUCAGCAGGCCCAGGCACAGGGGAUCACUCUGACCCCUGAGCAGGCCCAGGCAGGGGGGAUCACUCUCACUCCUCAGCAGGCCCAGGCACAGGCGAUCACUCUGACCCCUGAGCAGGCCCAGGCAAAAGGGAUCACUCUCACCCCUGAAAAGGCCCAGGCACAAGGGGUCACUCUCACCCAUGAGCAGGCACAGGCACAAGGGAUCACUCUGACCCCUGAAAAGGCCCAGGCACAGGGGAUCACUCUCACCCCUCAGCAGGCACAGGCACUGGGGAUCACUCUGACCCCUCAGCGGGCACAGGCACUGGGGAUCACUCUCACCCCUCAGCAGGCCCAGGCACAAGGGAUCACUCUGACCCCUGAACAGGCCCAGGCACUGGGGAUCUCUCUCACCCCUGAGCAGACCCAGGCACAGGGGGUCACUAUGACCCCUGAGCAGACCCAGGCACAGGGGAUCACUCUCACCCCUGAAAAGGCCCAGGCACUGGGGAUCACUCUGACCCCUCAGCAGGCACAGGCAGGGGGGAUCACUCUCACCCCUCAGCAGGCCCAGGCACAGGGGGUCACUCUCACCCCUGAGCAGGCCCAGGCACAGGGGGUCACUAUGACCCUGGAGCACACCCAGGCACGGGGGAUCCCUUUCAUCCCUGAGCAGGCCCAGGCCCAGGCCCAGGCAAUCACUCUGACCCCUCAGCAGGUCCAAGCACUGGGGAUCACUCUGACCCCUCAGCAGGCCCAGGCACAGAGGAUCACUCUGACCCCUCAGCAGGCCCAGGCACAGGGGAUCUCUCUCACCACUGAGCAGGCCCAGGCACUGGGGAUCACUCUGACCCCUCAGCAGGCAGAGGCAUUGGGGAUCACUCUCACCCCUGAGCAGGCACAGGCACUGGGGAUCACUCUCACCCCUGAGCAGUUCAAGGCAUUGCUGGCCCAGAAAUUGGGCAUCCCUAUCACUCCAGAAAAUGCCUGGGUCCCAGCUGUCACUCUUACCCCUGAACAGACCCAGGCUUUGGGUGCCCCUCUCUCCUUAGAACAGGCUCAAGCAUUAGGUAUUUCUCUCUCUCCAGAACACUUCUGGGAAUCAGAUAAAUCAGACAAAUCCCAUGUCUUAGGAUUUCCCCUUACCCUUGAGCAAGUCCAGCCUUUGGGAGCUCCCUUCAUUCCAGGGCAAUCCCAUCCCAUGGGGGCUUCUGUCCUUCCUAGGCAAUCCCCAGCAUCUGCUGCUAUUGCUGAGAAAUCCUCUGCAUUGGAGGUCUCUCCUAUUCCUUUGCAGAUAUCACAGUCUCCUCUCUCCCAAGCCCCUGGUAAAUCACUAGGAGUGAGAAUUCGUUCUGAGCCUGGGAAACUCCUUGCACCACAGACUUUUCCUUCCUCUAAACAGACCCUGUUUUCUAAAGGUCAAUCCACCUCUGUUGAGUUUGUAGCACCAGAGGUCCCACUGACUCCUGAGAAAUUUCCCAUAGCUGAGACCCUGCCAACUUCAGGGCAGCCCCCUAUAUCUGGAGUCCCACUCACCUCUGCACAGAUUCCUGAUCUCUUGGCUCCUCUUUCUCCUAGGAAGCCCUUGGUUCCUGGAACCUCUUCCAUCCAUGGGGAGCUCCUGGAACCUAGACCCUUAAUACUCUCUGAGCAGCCCCAGGCAUUCCAGCCCGCUGCUACCUGUGAUCAAUCUCGCUAUCUACAAGCCCCUUCUCCCCUUGGGCAGCGUCAAGCUUCCCCACUGUGGAUCCCUCCCACCCCUGGGCAUCUUCCAACAUUAUGGACCUCUCCAACUCCUGGAAAGCCCCUGAAAGAUUUGUCCUCUUCUGUCUCCAAGAAAAGUAAGGAAAGAUUGGCAAUUAUUUCUUCUCUGAAACCUAAUUCAGCAUUUGUUCAUCCCAGUGCUACUGAUUUCAAGGUAACUCAAGCCCCUUUCACCACUAAGAAGUUCCGAAUAUCAGAGGCGUCUGACACUUUGGAAGAAAUCCCGAUAUGCCAUGAUCCUAUUGCCAUGGAACAAUUUAGAACAUUUCAGUCCUAUCUCACCAAUUACAGGACACCAGUAUCACAAACCCCUUACAUUCCGACUCUCAUGAAGCCUAUAACAUCACUACCCUCUCUUACAACUAAACUACCCAAAACAUCACAGAUCUCAUCUUCUGAAUGGGACCAGAAAUCCAAGUUCUCCCCUAUAGACAAGUCCUGGAUACUGACUUCAGUUUCAGGUACCAAGAAACCCAAGAUGCUGGUGCCCCCUUCCACUCCCCAAGAGCUCAAAGAGCAGAGAUAUUUUGUUGAUGUAGAGGCUCAGAGAAAGAACCUGAUACUCUUAAAUCAGGCCACAAAAGCUUCUGGACUUCCUUCACAACUACACACAACAGCUAGGAAUCUCAUAAUUGAGACACUUCAUACGGACACAGUUCGGCUGGGAUACUUAUUCCACAAGUACAUUGCUUACAGGCUGAUCCAGCGUGCAAGAAACAACCUAAUCAGGCGAUUACAAGUGAUCAAAAACACCGGGAAAGGUUAUGAAACCCGGAACCUCUACAUAAUGCUGAGCAGAAUUGAUGAGUACCAGAAAAAGGUGAUGCAGGUCUGGACCAACAAGCAGAAGUCUUUAGAGCAGAAACGGAAUCAGUGCCUGAGGAAAAUGAUAUUCCUAUUUAGCCAGCUUCAACAGACAUAUAGAUUGAAUCUUAGUCAACCUAUCCCUUGCAUCAUCGACAAAAAGCAGAUACCUGCCUCUACCAAAUCUGUUCAACAAUCAUUCCUAGAGCUGCUAAUAGAAGAAGACAGAAAGUCUGACACAUUGAAGAAAUUUCGACAAGAAGACCAAAUGGAAGCCAUCUGGAAUGCUGAUCUGUCGACUUCAAGCUACCCAGUAACAGAGAAGACAUCAAUACAUUCACUCUGGGCCCAGCUGGGUGGGUACCCAGAUAUUCCUAUGCUACUCCAGUUAGAUGUUCAAUCUACCUUCAGAAAAUCUCUUGGAUCCAUUAAAUCACACCUUGGUGAGGUGAAGCGACUUGAUGAACGUCAAGCGGUAGAAUCUGGAUUAAUUUAUAGCUCUUUCCACUACACCACGCCACCUCCUCUAAAUCACUCUCCCUGCACAAAACUUACCCCUGAAAGCACCAGGAACCUGGCUGGGGACUGGCCUACAGUUGAACCUAGGUCAAACCUCCCAGUCGCUCCGGAGUCAAACUGCGGUAACUCUGGAAAAGCAGCCACGCCUCCCAAGACGCCAACACAGCGCGCCGAGGAGCCACGCGAGCGGCCCAGAAGGCAGGGCACGCAGUCGGCGACGCGCACGCCCGCCCCGAGGCCGCACGGGAGACCGGCGGGCGUGCGCGCCCCCGCGGCAGUGGGCGGGGUGGGGCGGGGCUCGGAGCCGGACCGGGGCGGGGCCGCAGAAGCUGUAGGUGUUGCAGCUGGGUCGCGACAGGUGCGCAAGGCAGAGUGCCUGGGACCCGUAGCCCCGCUGGUAGCAGCACAGAGGAAAGACCGCCUUCAGCCAGGCCUUUUACUAGAAAUGCUGCUUCCAAGAAUUUAUGCCAUGGAUGCAUACUUCCAAGCCCAUCGCGUGACCAAUCACUAUGACAAAGAAGCGAGGCAAAGAAGAAAAUGGCGGCUCCAGUUUGGAGUGCUUGUUGAAACCUGUGGAGUGAGAGGUUCCCCGAAGGAAAGGAGGAGGGUGAAAGACGGUGGUGAUGUGGGGAUACAAAAAGGAUGCUCAUUGAUUCCACCUUGGCUGCUGAAGCUCUUUUGGAAACCACUAACCUAA